GACAACAGUGACAACGAUGACAACGGUGACAACAGUGACAACGGUGACAACUGUGACAACAGUGACAACGAUGACAACGGUGACAACAGUGACAACAGUGACAACGAUGACAACGGUGACAACGGUGACAACUGUGACAACGGUGACAACAGUGACAACAGUGACAACGAUGACAACGGUGACAGCGAUGACAACAGUGACAACGAUGACAACAGUGACAACGGUGACAACGGUGACAACAGUGACAACGGUGACAACGAUGACAACGAUGACAACGGUGACAACGAUGACAACAGUGACAACAGUGACAACGAUGACAACUGUGAAACCAGUGACAACUGUGACAACGGUGACAACGGUGACAACAGUGACAACGAUGACAACGGUGACAGCGAUGACAACAGUGACAACGAUGACAACAGUGACAACGGUGACAACAGUGACAACGGUGACAAUGAUGACAACGAUGACAACGGUGACAACGAUGACAACAGUGACAACGAUGACAACGGUGACAACGGUGACAACAGUGACAACUGUGACAACGGUGACAACAGUGACAACAGUGACAACGAUGACAACGGUGACAACGAUGACAACGGUGACAACGGUGACAACAGUGACAACAGUGACAACGAUGACAACGGUGACAGCGAUGACAACAGUGACAACGAUGACAACAGUGACAACAGUGACAACGGUGACAACAGUGACAACGGUGACAACGAUGACAACGAUGACAACGGUGACAACAGUGACAACGGUGACAACGAUGACAACGGUGACAACGAUGACAACAGUGACAACGGUGACAACGGUGACAACAGUGACAACGGUGACAACGAUGACAACGGUGACAACAGUGACAACAGUGACAACGGUGACAACGGUGACAACAGUGACAACGAUGACAACGGUGACAACGGUGACAACAGUGACAACGAUGACAACGGUGACAACAGUGACAACGAUGACAACAGUGACAACGAUGACAACAGUGACAACGGUGACAACAGUGACAACGAUGACAACGGUGACAACGGUGACAACGGUGACAACGGUGACAAGAGUGACAACGAUGACAACGGUGACAACGGUGACAACGAUGACAACGGUGACAACGAUGACAACGGUGACAACAGUGACAACGGUGACAACGGUGACAACGGUGACAACGGUGACAACGGUGACAACGGUGACAACGAUGACAACAGUGACAACGAUGACAACGGUGACAACGGUGACAACGAUGACAACAGUGACAACAGUGACAACGGUGACAACGGUGACAACAGUGACAACGGUGACAACGAUGACAACGGUGACAACGAUGACAACAGUGACAACGGUGACAACGGUGACAACGAGUGACAACGAUGACAACAGUGACAACGGUGACAACGGUGACAACGGUGACAACGGUGACAACGAUGACAACGAUGACAACGGUGACAACAGUGACAACGGUGACAACGGUGACAACGAUGACAACGGUGACAACGGUGACAACGGUGACAACAGUGACAACAGUGACAACGAUGACAACGGUGACAACGGUGACAACGGUGACAACGGUGACAACUGUGACAACGAUGACAACGGUGACAACAAUGACAACGAUGAGAACGGCGACAGAAGUGACAACGAUGACAACUGUGCCAACAGUGACAACAGUGACUAAUGUGACAACGGUGACAACGGUUACAACAGUGACAAUGGUCACAACUGUGACAACGGUUACAACAGUGACAACGAUGACAACGGCACAAAGGUGACAACAAUGACAACGGUGACAACGAUGACAACGGUGAACACAGUGACAACCAUGACAACGAUGACAACGGUGACAACGAUGACAACUGUGACAACAGUGACAACUGUGACAACGGUGACAAGGGUGACAACACUGACAACGUUGACAACGGUCACAACGAUGACAACGAUGAUACCAGUGACAACUGACAACGGUCACAACAGUGACAACGAUGACAACGGUGACAACGGUGACAACGGUGACAACAGUGACAACGGUGACAACGGUGACAACGGUGACAACGGUGACAACGAUGACAACGGUGACAACGGUGACAACGGUGACAACGGUGACAACGAUGACAACGGUGACAACGGUGACAACGGUGACAACGGUGACAACGGUGACAACGAUGACAACGGUGACAACGGUGACAACGGUGACAACGAUGACAACGGUGACAACGGUGACAACGGUGACAACGGUGACAACGAUGACAACGGUGACAACGGUGACAACGGUGACAACGGUGACAACGGUGACAACGAACGACAACAACGAUGACAACGGUGACAACGAUGACAACGGUGACAACGGUGACAACGGUGACAACGGUGACAACGGUGACAACGGUGACAACAGUGACAAGGGUGACAACGGUGACAACGGUGACAACGGUGACAACGACAACGACAAAGGUGACAACGAUGACAACGGUGACAACAGUGACAACGAUGACAACGGUGACAACGGUGACAACGAUGACAACGGUGACAACGGUGACAACGAUGACAACGGUGACAACGGUGACAACAAUGACAACGAUGACAACGAUGACAAUGAUGACAACGAUGACAACGGUGACAACAAUGAUGACAACGUUGACAACGGUGACAACGAUGACAACUGUGACAACAGUGACAACAGUGACAACGGUGACAACAGUGACAACGGUGACAACGGUGACAACGAUGACAACAGUGACAACGGUGACAACGAUGACAACGGUGACAACAAUGACAACGGUGACAACGGUGACAACGGUGACAACGGUGACAACGAUGACAACGGUGACAACGAUGACAACAGUGACAACAGUGACAACGAUGACAACGGUGACAACAGUGACAACUGUGACAACGGUGACAACAGUGACAACAGUGACAACGAUGACAACGGUGACAGCGAUGACAACAGUGACAACGAUGACAACAGUGACAACGGUGACAACGGUGACAACAGUGACAAGUGCAACAACGAUGACAACGAUGACAACGAUGACAACGAAGUGACAACAGUGACAACGGUGACAACGGUGACAACGGUGACAACGGUGACAACGGUGACAACAGUGACAACGGUGACAACGAUGACAACGGUGACAACGAUGACAACAGUGACAACCGUGACAACGAUGACAACUGUGACAACAGUGACAACAGUGACAACGGUGACAACAGUGACAACGGUGACAACGAUGACAACGGUGACAACGAUGACAACUAUGACAACGGUGACAACAAUGACAACGGUGACAACGGUGACAACAGUGAAAACGGUGACAACGGUGACAAUGGUGACAACAGUGACAACACUGACAACACUGACAACGGUGACAACGAUGACAACGGUGACAACAGUGACAACAGUGACAACAGUGGCAUCGGUGAUAACGGUGACAAGGAUGACAACGGUGACAACCCUGACAACGAUGACAACAGUGACAACAGUGACAACGAUGACAACGGUGACAACGGUGACAAUGGUGACAACAGUGAAAACGGUGACAACAGUCACAACGGUGAAAACGGUGACAACAGUGACAACAGUGACAACGAUGACAACGGUGACAGCGAUGACAACAGUGACAACGAUGACAACAGUGAAAACGGUGACAACGGUGACAACGGUGACAACGGUGACAACGGUGACAAGAGUGACAACUGCAACAACGAUGACAACGAUGACAACAAUGUCAACGAUGGGAACGGUGACAACAAUGACAACGGUGACAACAGUGAAAACGGUGACAACGGUGAUAACGAUGACAAUGGUGACAACAGUGACAACAGUGACAACGGUGACAACGAUGACAACGGUGACAACAAUCACAACAGUGUCAACAGUGACAACGAUGACAAUGGUGAGAACAGUGACAACAGUGACAAGGGAGACAACGGUGACAACAGUGACAACAGUAAAAAAAGUGACAACGGUGACAACGGUGACAACAGAGAGAACAGUGACAACAGCGACAACGGUGAAAACAGUGACAAUGGCAACAAUGGUGACAACGGAGACAACAGUGACAACAGUGACAAUGGUGACAACGGUGACAACGGUGACAACAGUGACAACAGCGACAACAGUGACAGCAGUGACAACAGUGACCACAGCGACAACUGUGACAACCGUGACAACUGUGACAACGGUGACAACAGUGACAACAGUGACAACGAUGACAACGGUGACAGCGAUGACAACAGUGACAAUGAUGACAACGGUGACAACGGUGACAACAGUGACAAGUGCAACAACGAUGACAACGGUGACAACGAUGACAACGGUGACAACGAUGACAACGGUGACAACGAUCACAACGAUGACAACGGUGACAACGAUGACAACGAUGACAAUAGUGACAACAGUGACAACAGCGAGAACAAUGACAACAGUGACAGCAGUGACAACAGUGUCAACGAUAACAAUAGUGACAACAGUGACAACGGUGACAACGAUGACAACGAUGACAACGGUGACAACGAUGACAACAGUGACAACAGUGACAACGAUGACAACGGUGACAACAGUGACAACAGUGACAACGGUGACAACGGUGACAACAGUGACAACAGUGACAACGAUGACAACAGUGACAACGGUGACAACGGUGACAACAGUGACAAGUGACAACGGUGACAACGAUGACAACGGUGACAACGAUGACAACGGUGACAACGGUGACAACAGUGACAACGGUGACAACGAUGACAACAGUGACAACGAUGACAACCGUGACAACGGUGACAACAGUGACAACAGUGAAACCGAUGAAGACGGUGACAGCGAUGACAACAGUGACAAUGAUGACAACAGUGACAACGGUGACAACGGUGACAACAGUGACAACGGUUAUAACGAUGACAACGAUGACAACGGUGACAACGAUGACAACAAUGACAACAGUGACAACGAUGACAACUGUGACAACAGUGACAACUGUGACAACGGUGACAACAGUGACAACAGUGACAACGAUGACAACGGUGACAGCGAUGACAACAGUGACAACGAUGACAACGGUGACAACGGUGACAACGAUGACGACGAUGACAACGGUGACAACAAUGACAACGGUGACAACGGUGACAACGGUGACAACGAUGACAACAGUGACAACAGUGACAACGAUGACAACGGUGACAGCGAUGACAACAGUGACAACGAU